UUUUUUUUUUUUUUUUUCGCCUAAAGAUUUGAACGUUCUGAACUCUGUUGAGUGCUUGUAUGUGAGUGGGAGAGGUACACUGAUCAUGGAUGUCCCCAUAGCAGAGCCUCCUCAAGAUGCCGAUUAUUUAGACUACAAGGACCUGACACUACCACUCGAUCCAAACAUUAUCUUUGAGGCAUCGCCUGCUGAUCUACAAAGUAUUGUCUAUGUCAAGCGACAGCAUGAGCUGCUGGAUGGUGCAAUCCAUGGUUGGAUACGCAAAGCUCGGGAAUGUUUAUCAGGUUCUACAACAGAUCUCCGAGCGCAGAUUCCACUGUUGGCCCAAGGAGCAGCUCGAGGGGCUGAUGGUAGCAUUUUGGAAGUCCGAGGGAAUAACUGGACACAUCAACAGCGCCUCAUGCAAGCACUCUUCUCAAUUGGCCCAGAGCUCCAAAAAUGCCAACCACAGGCACUUCCAACUAUUCUGGAACAACUUGCUCCAAUGGUCCUUGAUCCAGUCCAGGAAUGCUGCUUGACAAUUGAAAAAACCAUCAAGUCAACUAAGCUCUAUUACCGACAGGCCAUUAAAUUAUACGAGAAUGCCAUUCAAAAAUACCAUGCAAUGCCAAGGAAACAUAGAAUGAAUAGCGCAAGAGAGCCUUGCCCAGAAGCACAUUUGGUUUUUGAAACUAAAAAAGAGAUGUGUAAGGCUUUGUACGCGCUCAGUGGGACACUGAAUCAUGCCAUCGCAUUCAAAGAGUCAUUCAUCCUUGAAAAGACAGACGUAUUUAUCAGAGCAUUGAACGCAUGGUAUGCCUCAGGAAAGACUGAUACAGCGAGUAUAAAAAGUGUUUUUGAAAAGCCGCGACUUGAGACAUAUCGUUUUAGUGCUCAAAUGUUCCCUCCGCUCAAUUUUCCACACGAAGAAUUUGAGAAGAUGGUAUAAAAUCGGGGUACCUGUUCCAUAGGAGCAAAAAUGGGGAAUGGAGUCGACAGUACUUCUAUACUGAUAAGCGAGGCAUGCUAAUGCAGUUCUCAAAGGGAAAGAGUAGGAUAUCCAAGUAGCGAAUCUAAAGCAGACACUCUUACG